AAAAUCGUUGGAGAUUACUGCCUUGUUCUUACUGCCACUCCUCCUACCUUCAGUUGCACUUAAAAAAGGCUUGAAACCCACCCUUGUAGAAAACAAAAAUCGGUUCUUAUUAUAUGCCAAAUCUGCUGAAGAAGCCAAAAUAAAAAUUAAGUUGAGAGAUGACUUACUGCAAAGGAAGGAACUCCCUGCGCAGCCUUCGGCAGUAAUCAUCGGAUCUAUUCCUAACUGCGAAUACAACAUCUUUUUCAAAGAUAUAACGUACCAUUGCAGUUCUGCGCUUAAACUCAUUGAUGUAUGUUUUAAAAUUUUUACAAUCCUGGACACAGGUUAUCCGGUUGACUGCUGCCUUCCGUGGCUGUUCCUCCGCAAAUUUAUUUGGGAAUUAGAAUCUGAUUGUGACACUCGAUAUAGAUGCAUCGGAACCCUUGCUGGAGACCUACAUCUUUAUUGAUUGUUGUAUAAAAUUUUUGGUCUCAAAUAACUUAUUCUUUCAAAAAAUGUUUGUUUGCUAAGGUUUUUAUUUAGGUAGGAAAGGAGUUAAUAUGGCUUCAUAUCCCUUCAAGUUUUGAAAGUUCUCCUAUUUAAAGUACUUUUUUCUAUUUGCAUUUUCAAUAUUCUUGUUUAUUUUUAGCCUAAAAUGGCUUUUUGCUUUCUUUGUAAGGACCUCUCUUUUCUCUUUUAUUCUGAACUUAUUCAGCACUUUAAGACAGAUCAUAGUCUGGAUGCUAAAAGCUGUGUCACAUGUAGUCAACCUUCCUGCAAUCGCAUGUUCACAAACAGAAACAGUUUUAAGAAGCACUUUCUGAAGUCUCAUCCAGAAAUACCCCUAGAAUGUGAUCUUAGUGUAGAUCCCAUUCUACUUGAUGAAUUUCCGGACGACAACAUUAUUGAAACUGAACAAUCAAUGCCACCCAAUGGGUUUCAUAUUCCUAGCACAAGCUCUACCAAAUUUUUGGAAAAUCCCAAUGUUAUCAUUAAUAAUGAUGACAGCAGCUGUUCUAUCAUGACAGAUGAAAAAAUCCAGCAAAUAGUUGAAGACAGUAUUUUGUGCUUCUGUAGUCUUCUUAAUAGCUUUCCGGCUAUACCGUCGUCAUAUAUACAGCUUGUGACAAAUAAUGUGAUAACUUUAGUUCAGGUACUCACCAAUGUAUAUCAAAAUAAAUUAAUUAGUGCUUGCUCAAAUUCAAGCGAUGAAGGCGUGGAACACAAUCUUACAGCCAUAAAUAAUGUAUUCUCCAUUGUUGAGAAUAGUUUUGACAAAUUCAGAACUCAUUAUAAGCAAAUGAAGGCAUUCAAAGAAGGAGGGACUUACAUUGCCCCUACAAAUAUUGUUCAUGGUCGCAUAUUUAAAAGACGCAAACUGAAAUCAGGAAUUCACAUUGUCCCAGUUAAAGUUACUAGUACAAUAGUACCCAUUCGAAAGGUUUUAAAAAAAUUCAUCAGCCAAAAAAAUGUUCUUAAAGAUAUACAGGACUACACCGAAGAAUUGGAAAAAGAAGAUUUAGUUAUUACAAACUUUAUGCAAGGAAAUUGUUGGCGUAGAGUUCCAAAAAGGCAAGAUGGGGUAGUUUUACCACUUUUUAUUUUUAAUGAUGCUUUCGAGUGUGGAAACCCACUGGGAGGGCAUGCUGGGUUAAACAAAAUUGAAGGCACUUAUUUAUCACUUCCAUGUUUGCGGCCAGAAAAUAGGUCAACUCUUAACAAAAUUUUUCCUUUUAUGUUAUCAAAUUCCCUAAACCUUAAACGGUUUGGAAAGAAAGUGGUUUUCAAACAUGUUGUCAAAGAGCUGAACAUUCUUGCAAAAGAAGGUAUAACAGUUGAGAGUGAUACCUUCAACAAAGUUCGAGUUUUUUUCCAACUUGGUUUGUUACUGGGUGAUAACUUGAGUCUAAAUGGAUUAGGUGGCUUCACAGAAAACUUCUCAAAAAGCAACUAUUGUUGUAGAAUAUGCUACUGCACUAAAAUGGAUAGGGAAAGUAUGACAAGCGAAAAUCCAGCUCUUCUUAGAAAACCAUGGAUGUACGAAAGGGACGUGGAAAAGAAAAAUCCCAAAGAUUCAGGUGUCAAAGAAAGGUGCGUACUUAAUGAUGUAAUCAAUUUUCAUAUUUUGAGGAACUGCUCUUGCGACAUAAUGCACGACGUAUUUGAAGGCAUUGCCAAAUUCGACAUUCUUUUUUUAAUUACCUAUUUUAUAAAAAAAAAGAAAUUUUCUCUGGCUGAAUAUAAUUCAAAAUUAAAUCGGUUUGAUUUUGGUGUCGAUAACUCAAGCAGACCUCCCGCGUUAGGAAAAAGUUAUGCCAAGAAAAAAACAAUGAAAAUUUCAUCCUCGGAAUGCAUGUCAUUAGUCAAAUACUUACCUCUUAUUAUUGGAGAUUUGACAAUCCUAGAAGAUCCUGCAUGGGACCUGUUUGUUUCUCUUCGGAGAAUUGUUGACAUUAUCAUGAGACCCUCUGUACCUCUGGACCAUUGCGAUCUGUUAACUCGAUAUGUUCAAGAACACCAUUCACUUUACAUGAAUCUUACAGGGAGAAACCUGACCAUAAAAUUUCACAACUUAGUACACUACCCAAGGCUAAUUAGGGAGUAUGGUCCUUUAAUUCAUACAUGGUCGAUGCGAUAUGAUGCUAAACACAAGGUCCUUAAAAGUGUAGCAACUUCAGUAGCAACCCGAAAGAAUCUCUCAUUUACUAUCGCUAAGAAGAGCCAAUUGCAUCUUAGCCACGAGUUUUACAAUAAUAAUUUUGUCAGAAGUAGUGUGGUGUGGGGACCCAAUGCUUUUUCUAGCUCCAAUUUUUGGGAAAAUUUGGACACAACUCUUCUCACCACCCCCUGUCCAGAAGUCUUGAAACACAAAAACACCGCCAUUCGUCCAUGGAUUGAGAUCCAUGGAACCAAAUAUCAAGAAGGUGUAAUUUUGAAUCUUGACAUUGAUGAGGUGACCAGUUUACCUUUAUUUGGUGUUUUUAAAAAGGUUUUUAUCACAGAAGAUCAGAAAGUUUAUUUUUUCUUACAGAACUACCAAACAACAGAAUUUGACACGAAGUUGUUCUCCUUUAAAAUUGAAUUGGUUCAAUCUUACUCAUUUCUUGAACAGGAAAAAAUUCAUGAUUAUCACAUUCACACAGGUGUCCGUGCAUUUGGAGGUUUAUAUGUUAGCCCCCUCUAUUGGUAAUUUUCCAUCAUUCCUUUUGCAUACGCACAUAUAUUGUAGAAAUUUUGAAUCACUGAGGGGGACCCACAGGGACUUUAAAAGGUUUAGCUCCCCACCCUGCCACCUCCCUAUUAACUUUCGAAUGGAUGCAGCUAGUCUAAUAAAGUUUUCACAGUGUUCCUAGGUCAAAAAUACCUGCUAUAAUUUUGGCGUUCUUGAAAUUCUGGUGGGCACCUCCGUGACGCUAGACUCCAAAAUCUCAAAUAAAUACCUUUACUGCUAAUUUUUACUGCAAUUUUUUUUUCUCUUUUUAAACACUUGUAAUUCUGGACGUUUGAAGCACAAGUUUGCCUCCCAGCACUCAUUCAUUAGGCGCACACAAUUUCUUAAAAAUUAGUCUAUUUCAAACUUCGUGAAUAAUUCGGGAACAAAAAGUUCACGGACCUCUGC